CGGGAGCUUCAAGGCGAGCGGGAGGCAAAGAAAUGGGGUGACUGUGCCCGCGCCGCCGGCGGCAGCAGCAACAGCAGCCGAGCGCCCCGCAGGAGCAUGAGCCGGAGCCGAGCCCCUCGGCGCCCCAGAGCGCGUGUAUAACUCCUGAGUGCCUCUGUGCCAGUCGCUAUCCCUGUGUGCAUACAGAAAGCCUGCCACACCGGAUACCGGCAUUUAUACACUGAGCUUCUCUGCUUGCUGAGAUAACAGGGGUGCCACGCUUAUUUUUUCUGUUCUCCACUUGUAAAUACACACAGAAUCGGAGAAUUUGGUCCACUUUUUGUUGUUGUUGUUGUUGGACGACGAAUACUUUCUAACCAUGAUGCAUUUCAAAAGUGGACUCGAACUAACUGAGUUGCAAAACAUGACAGUGCCUGAAGACGACAACGUUAGCAAUGACUCCAACGAUUUCACCGAAGUAGAAAAUGGUCAAAUAAAUAGCAAGUUUAUCUCUGAUCGAGAGAGUAGAAGAAGCCUGACUAACAGCCACUUGGAGAAAAAGAAAUGUGAUGAAUAUAUUCCAGGAACAACUUCAUUGGGCAUGUCUGUUUUCAACCUAAGCAACGCUAUUAUGGGCAGUGGGAUUUUAGGAUUGGCUUAUGCCCUGGCAAACACCGGAAUCCUACUUUUUCUGAUACUUUUGACCUCCGUGACACUGCUGUCAAUAUAUUCAAUAAACCUUCUGUUGAUCUGUUCAAAGGAAACAGGCUGCAUGGUUUAUGAAAAGCUGGGAGAACAAGUCUUUGGCACCACAGGGAAGCUUGUAAUCUUUGGAGCCACCUCGUUGCAGAACACGGGAGCAAUGCUGAGCUACCUCUUCAUAGUAAAAAAUGAGCUCCCCUCCGCCAUAAAGUUCCUGAUGGGAGAGGAAGAGGCGUUUACAGCCUGGUAUGUGGACGGUCGUGUGCUGGUAGUGAUAGUGACCUUUGGCAUAAUUCUUCCGCUGUGUCUCCUAAAGAACCUAGGCUAUCUUGGCUACACAAGUGGAUUUUCCUUGAGCUGUAUGGUUUUUUUCCUAAUAGUGGUCAUUUAUAAGAAAUUUAAGAUCCCCUGCCCUGGUACAGAGCUAAAUUCGACAAUAAGUGCUAACUCAACAAAUGCUGACAUGUGUAUACCAAAAUAUUUUACCUUCAAUUCAAAGACCGUGUAUGCUUUACCAACGAUUGCAUUUGCGUUUGUCUGCCACCCGUCUGUCCUGCCAAUUUACAGUGAACUGAAAGAUCGAUCACAGAAAAGGAUGCAGAUGGUUUCAAAUAUCUCCUUUUUCGCCAUGUUUGUCAUGUACUUCCUGGCUGCCAUCUUCGGUUACCUGACUUUCUAUGAAAGCGUGCAGUCAGACCUCUUGCACAAGUACCAAAAUAAAAAUGACAUUCUCAUCCUGACGGUGCGGCUGGCUGUCAUCGUAGCUGUCAUCCUCACGGUGCCAGUGUUGUUUUUCACAGUUCGUUCAUCUUUAUUUGAACUAGCAAAGAAAACAAAGUUCAAUUUAUGCCGUCAUGUCGUGGUGACCUUGAUCCUCUUGGUUAUUAUCAACUUGUUGGUGAUCUUCAUCCAGUCCAUGAAGGACAUCUUUGGAGUCAUAGGAGUUACCUCUGCUAAUAUGCUCAUUUUCAUUCUCCCUUCAUCUCUCUAUUUGAAAAUCACAAACCAGGAUGGAGAUAAAGGAAAUCAAAGAAUUUGGGCUGCCCUUUUCUUGGUGCUCGGGGUGUUGUUUUCGCUGGUCAGCAUCCCCCUGGUUAUCUACGACUGGGCCUGCUCAUCGAGCAGUCACUGAGACAGCCGAGCUGAGGAAGCAUUCCUGUCAGCUGCCCGGUCAAGUCACCACACGUCAACAACCCCUCAUCCCAUCUUUUGCAAGUUUAUGAAGCAACAGCAAGCACAGGAUACACCGUGGAACAGCACUUAGGGCAGAACAGAGACCCCUUCCUAGAAUGGUCUGUGUCCCUCUGAGAUUUGGGGUCACGUUAAGGAUUAUGGAUUUUCCUUUUUCCCAAAAAAAAAAAAAAAUGAUGCAGAUGUAGCUCCUGGCUACAUCUCCUAGUCGGUUACUUUUCAUUCUCUUUUAUUUUUAUUUUUCUGCUCUCACGGUCUCUUAGAACUUUGAAGACAUGACCGUCGUGUUGACGCUCCAUCCAUUUUCCUCCUGAUACUCAUCCUCUCUGUAUCUUUCUAGAAAAGAAAAGAACUUUGAAUUGUAUAGAUUUAUUUUGCUUUACAGAAGAAAAAAUAAUGGUUUCUUAAAUAAUUUGCUUAUUUUGGUUACCAUAGCACACAGGGGCGAUAGCUGGCGUGUUGUAAAGUUUGUGUCACCGCUGGACCAGGGUGUGCCCCGUGUUUAUGGGGGCUCUGAUCCCCUGACAGCUGUCUCCCCUGCAGCCCAGCAGCCCUCCACACUGUCCCUCCACACAUGGACUCCGGGGAGUGCUCUCAGCUGGGCAGGGCCUAGGUAAAUAUGUGAGGCUGUAUAGGUAGGUCACCAAGCCUCAUUUCCCCCUUGGUGUUUUAUGUCAGUUCACUCUCCCGAGGCAGCUUCUGUGGCACCUUUGCAACAAGCUGAGUGGUGAGAACACUGCAGAAGGAGUGUCCGGAUGCCUACGAAAAAUUCCUCUAAUGCAAGUAGCCUCUAGCCCUCCACCCAUGUUAUUAGAGAUGGGGAAGAGGGAUGCAUUUCAUUCAGUUAGAAUCCCAGCAGCUCUUAUGUCCACCAGCCAUUUUGCUCUGAGAGUAAUGUCUCCACUAAGGAGGAGCCUAGGAUAAGGAAUUCCUGUUUUAUAUGGGGUGCUUCAGGGGAGGGGGGAGGGUCUUUAAAAGACUUGUUUUAUAUCUAUAAAUCUAGGUGAUUACAAAAUAUAUAAGAAUUUUUGUACCUUAAAAAAAGUCUCAUUCCUAUUUCUUGUCCAUUAACAAUCCACCCAGAAUCUUCAGGGGGUGAAAAAAAAACAGUGAUGAACUCUCAGAGCUAGUGGCCUUGGAGAAGAACUUUCGAGAAAUCAUUUUCUUCCUUCCCACAGCUGGGAUGGGGGUGGUGGUGUUAGUACCUGUGCUGUUUCCUCUUCUUGUCUGGUCCCUAACGGAGGGGCAGGCCACCACUAGCCCCUACCCUAGUGUGUGGGCAGGAUAGGCUUACCUUGCACUCUGACCCAUCCCCUCUCUUCUGGGAUGCAGAAUGAAUCUGCAUGGAGCCUGGGAAAGCACAGAGGGGAAACAGUAGUUUGUAAGCAAAGACACCCAGGCCACUCCCCACCCCAAGCUAGGUUACCCCCUGUGACUGGAUUGUGAGUACUAAAAGACAUAUGUGUUCUCUAAGCUGGUCUUUGGAACAGAACCUGUGUCUUAUCUCUACUCUGGCUGGAUUUCUCAAACAUGAAAGUUCACUGAGCACUGAUUUCUUAUCCAGAGAUAAGGGACACCUACCCACAGACUCUUGGCAAGAGUUCCCAUGUUCUUAGCCCUGAGUCCUGUCCCUUCUCUUUGCAAGCUAUAGGUCUCGUAGAGGAAAAGCAGGUAUCAGAGCGCCCGCAGGUGAUCCUCUGGGGGUGGGAAGGGAGGAGGGAGAAGAAACAUCACUUCUUGCUGCUCUUGGAAGAAUCGUCAGAGCUUUUAGUGUCACCUGAGAACUAGGUCAGAGUUCACUGUUUAGACAGGAUACCUAGCCUCGUAACAUGCACAGCCACCGCUGGCCUUUUCAGAAGUGUCUUCCAUAUGCAGAGAUGGGGCCAAACAAGUUGGUUGUUUGGGGGCGGCAUUGCCUAGACGACCCAUAAUGAAAUAGCCAAGCGGAAUAACCUCGAUUGAAAAAUACUCUCAUUCACUCUUAGGAGGCAUGGUGAUGUUUUCAGACAUCUAGAUUGUAUGUGCCAGUACAGGGAGUUUUUAUUCUUACUAAAAAAUAUAUUUAUUGAGAGAUUGGUACCCACAGUGACAGGAAUCUGAAAUCUCUCUUAAGUGGAUUGUUGACUGAAUAGAAUAGACCCUCCUAGAAUUUGUCAGCAGCCACUGAAAAUUCUAUCAUUUUGUGUGGGAUGAGCUACUACGUGUAUGGCUCUUACUCUCCUUGUUCAGGCUCAUGAACUGGUAUCCAAACACGCACUACAGACAUUAGCAGCACAAUCAAGUGCUGCACAAGUUUUUUCUGCUAGAUCUUAGCCUAAAGAAUACUGCACUUUAGCCUUUAGGAAUAAUGGCUUCUUUUGGUAGGUGGGAAUCUCAACUCCAGUGACCAGGGCUGAUCUCCUGCUUUGGAUUAAGCACUGAUAUCCGAGUCAUUAUAGCACCAAUUGCUGUAAACCCUAAAGUUGGCUGUUGAGAGUUGUGGGGUGGGGUUGUGCACAGGGCAGAAUUCUGCUCUUGCUAUGAACAGUUGGGGUCAGACAAUGGUAUCAAAGACUCUGAGCCUGUCAUUAGCAACCUAGGAUGUGCUCCCUUUGAAAAGCAGGCUGUGUGUAGUGGUUAGGCCAACAGAGCCAGUAGAAAAGAUGGCUGAGCUCAGACAGGAAGAUAAUAAAGUGAGAUUGUUGAAGAGCCUCAUCACUGAGAAUCUUGGGGGUUGGGGGGGGGUGUUGCACAAAGGCUUUGCUGCUGCUGUUAGUGGACUCUGGACCGUCCCACCCCAGCCACACACCACCUGCAGGACGGUGGGGGGGGCGGGGGCACCACCCAUUAGAAGCCACCCAAGGCAAGGUCUCCAGCUGAGGUGGAAGAGAAAAUCCAGGUCCAACAGCACCUGAAGAAGAGAAAGAGGUGAGGGAAGAUGAAAGGAGCCACUUAUGGGGCUAAGCCACCAGGCACAGUCCACAGAUGGUGCCCUCUUUUUUUGCUUGGCCUGCCUGAUGGUCUGUAUAAACCUUGUGUUUCUGCAGUCCUGCUCCUCUGAAGCCAGAACACAGCACUUGAGAUAGAUUUAGUACCAAUACUGCAUGAUUUCACAGGUGGUAAGCUAUAGAAACAGUCCUCUUUCUCCAUUCUGUUUUGUGUGGUAGUAAACCCAGAUGAGAACAACUCACGUGGGUCAUGGCUGCAGGACUUGAGGUGGACAAAGUUCUGCCAUCAGACCCCUGUGCGCUUCGUCAGAGGUGUCUCAGACAGUUCCUCCAAAACCCACAUCUUCUGGAGUGGCCUGAAGCCUCUCAGCCAGAGGUUCUCAGCAGGCGGUCCCCAGAUUAGCAACAGCAGCUUAGUCUUGGAACUCUUCAGAAUGCUAAUUCUCUGGCCCCUAGACCUAGCAAAAUCUAACAUCCCAAGAGUGAGGGCCCAGCAGGCUAUUAGUAUAUAUUUUGUCAAGAUUGAUUGAUUUAUAAGAGAGAAACAGGCAUGUGCGAUGCUGGAGACCAAAAAUCAGGACCUCACGCUCGAGAGUCCACUGCUCUAUACACUGCACCACCUCGCGGGACACCCUAGCCCAGUAUUCACAAACCCUCCAGGCAACCUUUGUCAGCACAGCAAGUUCUGAGCCAUUUAAUCUCUAUCCCUCCUCGCUAGUCCUACCUCAGAAGAUGGCUCCCAAGACUUGUGAGGUCUUGGGGGUUGGGGUGGGAGUGUAAGACGUGACCUUGGCCUCAGGAGUCCCUCAUCCCCUGCCCACAGGUGCAGGCAACAGUUGUAAACAAGGCUGGUGUGACUGGGUUCAGGCACAGGAAGGCUGCCAUACUUGAAAGCUGUGCAGAAAUAAAAACGAGGUGUUAAGGCUUUGGGGAAGAGGUUUAUUUGGGGGUGAUCAAGAGGAAAUAACUGCUGUAAAUGCACCCUUGGAGGUAAAGGGGUUAAAUGUUGUGGCCUGCUGGAGGGUCCUGCUGUGGAAGGUGAUCAGCCCUGGCCUCCUUUCAAAGAUACUUCUCAGUAAAGUCAGCACCACUUAAGGAGGCUCGGCUCCAUUUCCAGAGAUGAGGACGCUGGGUGGCACCUUCAGUGAGGGUGAAGAGCAGGUCUUCAACAGAGAGCUCAAGCCACCCGUGUACCCUUGCGUUUGUCUUGAGGCUUACAAAGGACCCGAGCUUUAAGGUCUGCCAUUCUCCAUUGCAGUCCACAGCCAGCUUCUGGUCACUUCAAACAAAGAAAGUCCAGUAGUUUUGCAACAGAACACACCUUUCCUCAGAGAUACACAGAGUAAAUUGUUUCUGGGGAGAAAAGAGACUUUCACGUACACAUGGGGAGGGGGGAGCUAACAACAGAAAAAAAUGCUGACUCCAACAAGGGAAAGUUCUUGAGCAACAUGUGAAUUGUCACAAAGGCUGAGACAUUCCUUCUUCAGGGUUUUCUUGGGGUGGGGGGGGAACACUGUGAAGCUGGGCCCAUCUGGAGACAGGCCUGAAUUUGUAUCUUUCAAAUCAGGAAGAAUCUAUGCAGCAGAGGCUUUACUGUAGGAAGUGCUUCACUUGUAUGUAAAUAUGUUGUAAAUAAAUAGGCUGUAUAUUUUUGCAAUUGUCAUUCCGCACUGAAAUAGAGGUCUCUUAGUCUCUGCCUAUCAAGAACAAAUGUUCUCAUAGAUAUUUAGGGGAAUUGUUUGGAAAUUAGUAGGAAAAUGUACCUUUUCUCCCAGGUUAAAAAAAAAAUAGUUCUCUUCACGUAAUUUUGGAACCUAAAACUCUCACUUGCUUAGAAAGGGAAAUGUCCGAGACACGAUCACAUUGAUUCUACUGGUGUCAAGGCCAAUUAUUUAAAAGUCCUCUGACAAAUGCUUGUCAUAUAGAAGUAGACAUAACUCCCAGUGACAACUUGUCUGUAAUGCUGUUUUACUGUUAACACUGAAUCACUGCACAGUAUUUUAUGAAAACAGACAGUGGGAAAGAGAAUGUUCUUCUUCUUCUUUUUUUUUUCUUUUUUUUUUUUUAUUUUAAUCCCCUGUCUUUUUUUUUUUUUUUUUCUUUUCUUCUCAAAAUUGGAUGGCUGCAUUUCCGAAACCUUGGGAACUGGAGACGGUGUGGGAGGUAGGGGGAGGUGAGAUGUCUCAGUCUGAACCAUGAGCACACAUGUGAGAGGGAGGAAAGAAGAGCUUCUUCUCAAGCUCUGGGCAUCUUGCAUGUUUGCCUUUUAUUUUCAGUGUUGACACCACUUAGACUGUUUUAAGUAAUCCUCCUCCCCUCAAACAGCUGAUUGUUGGUAUGUAGCCCACUCUGUAGAGUCCAGUGUAUUUUAGACUCCAUCUUCCGAGCCCAGUGUACGUGUAGCCCACUGCCAUCUUCUCAUGCAAAGACCUUAUAAAUGGAUUUCAGAUGAAUGUGAUUAGUAAGUUACAAGUUACAGCACUUCACUGUUACUCCGAUAGGUUUUUUUUUUUUUCUUUUUCAGGAUGUGGUGUAAAUAAAGAAAUGUAAGAAGUUCUGUUGUAUAACUACCUUAGUUAUAGUUUUUAAACAUUAAAAUUGUGAACUGAAACAA